CUUGUACAAUACAGACGCUGUAAACAAAACCUUAAACACCUCGAAAUUUCUAAGAAAAUUUCAAACAAAACAAAACUCAACGGUGUAAAAAUAAAUUAAGUUCAAAUUGACCCAGACUAAGUUUGAAAUUAUAAAAAGGAUUAGCGUCAGUCAAUGCAUUCUCUUAUAGCUUAAACAUAAUUUGUAAUCGGCAGCAGAAGAAAAGAUUUGAUCUUUGACAUGGCUGCCACCUCCACGGCGGCGGAGCGGCAGCUGAUCGUGGCCGUUGAAGGCUCGGCGGCGAUGGGUCCGUUUUGGCAAACUAUUCUCUGCGAUUAUCUUGAUAAGAUCAUCAGGUCUUUUUGCAGUAAUGACUUGACUGGGCAGAAACCGUUGAGUUCUAAUGUCGAGUUCUCGUUGGUCACAUUUUAUGCGCAUGGAUCGUAUUCUGCUUGCCUAGUGCAACGGAGUGGCUGGACAAGAGAUGUUGACAUGUUUAUACAAUGGUUGGCAGCCAUUCCCUUUGCAGGGGGUGGCUUCAGUGAUGCUGCAAUUGCAGAAGGGCUUUCUGAAGCUUUAAUGAUGUUUCCUUUUGCUUCAAAUGGGAGCCAAGCUCAACAGAAUAUAGAUGGACAAAGGCAUUGUGUUCUUAUUGCUGCAAGUAACCCUCAUCCCUUACCCACACCAGUCUAUCGACCGCAAAUACCAAAUUUGGAGCAGAAUGAAAUUAUUGAUCCACAAACAGAAAGUCGCUUAUCUGAUGCAGAGACCGUUGCUAAAUCAUUUGCUCAGUGCUCUAUUUCUCUGUCUGUUAUUUGCCCAAAACAGCUUCCAAAACUUAAAGCAAUCUACAAUGCGGGAAAGCGCAACAGUCGAACAGCUGAUCCAACGAUCGACAACAUUAAAAAUCCUCAUUUUCUUGUUCUUAUUCCUGAUAACUUUAUGGAGGCUCGUGCUGCUUUAAGUCGUCCUGGAGUUGCAAAUCAGCCUUCUAGCCAGAGUACCGUAAAAAUGGAUGUUUCUUUAGUGACUUCUGUUGCAGGACCUUCACCUGCAAUACCAUCAGUUAAUGGAUCGAUCAUGAACCGGCAAUCUAUUUCUGUAGGAAAUGCUCCCACUGCCACUGUAAAAGUUGAGCCUACUACUGUAACUUCCAUGGCACCUGGACCUGGUUUUCCACAUAUUCCAUCUACACGUCCUGCAUCUCAAGCUGUUCCAAGCUUGCAGACUUCUUCACCACCUACGACUACUCAAGAUAUGAUUACAAAUAGUGAAAAUGUUCCGGAAUUAAAGCCUACUGUCGGUGGGAUGCCACAGUCUGGACGUCCUGUGCCUCCUGGUGCUGCAAAUGUUAGCAUACUGAACAAUCUCUCCCAAGCACGACAGGUGAUGAACUCUGCUGCCCUUACCGGAGGAACUUCCAUUGGUCUACCGUCAAUGAAUCAAACUCCUGUUGCCAUGCAUAUGUCAAAUAUGAUAUCCAGUGGAAUGGCAUCUUCUGUGCCUGCUGCUCAGAAUGUAUUUUCAUCAGGGCAACCUGGUAUCUCUUCAUCAGGAACUCUUACAGGAACAACACAAAUUGCAUCAAACUCUGGUCUUGGUUCCUUCAAUCCCACCACUUCUAAUAUAUCUGGAAAUUCAAAUAUCGGAAUGUCUCAACCAAUGGGCAACCUCCAAGCGGGUGUUAGCAUGGGCCAAGCAGUUCCUGGCUUGAGCCAAGGAAAUCUUUCAGGAGUACAAAUGGGGCAAAGUGGUAUUGGCAUGAACCAGAACAUGAUGAAUGGUCUUGGUUCAUCAGGUGUUUCAUCUGGAGCCAGCACUAUGAUUCCAACUCCAGGAAUGGGUCAGCAGCCACAAAAUGGGAUGCAGUCACUUGGUGCGAAUAACAACUCAGCACCUAAUAUGCCAUUGUCACAGCAGACGGCAGGUGCUUUGCAAUCAGCACAAUCCAAAUAUGUCAAAGUCUGGGAGGGAAAUUUGUCUGGGCAGCGUCAAGGACAGCCUGUCUUUAUCACCAGAUUGGAAGGUUAUCGGAGUGCUUCAGCUUCUGAGACGCUUGCAGCAAACUGGCCAGGAACUAUGCAAAUAGUUCGGCUAAUAUCUCAGGACCACAUGAAUAACAAGCAAUAUGUUGGAAAGGCUGAUUUUCUCGUAUUUCGUGCGAUGAAUCAGCAUGGAUUUCUUGGACAACUUCAAGAAAAGAAGCUUUGUGCAGUAAUCCAGUUGCCAUCACAGACAUUACUGCUUUCUGUUUCAGACAAAGCCUGCCGCCUAAUAGGGAUGCUAUUUCCUGGGGAUAUGGUUGUGUUUAAGCCGCAAAUAUCCAGUCAGCAGCAACAACAGCAACAAAUGCAUCAACAGCAUCAGCAGCAGUUGCAACAACAGCAGCAGCAAAUUGCGCAACUGCAACAGCAUCAACAGAUUCCUCAACUGCAACAGCAGCAACAAAUGCCGCAACUGCAACAGCAGCAACAAAUGCCGCAACUGCAACAACAGAUUCCGCAACUGCAACAGCAACAGCAACAACAAAUUCCGCAACUGCAACAGCAACAGCAGCUUCAACAGCUGCAACAUCAGCAGCAGCAGCAGCAGCAGCAUCAACAACUGUCGCAGCUUCAACAACAGCAGCAGCAACUGCCGCAGCAAAUGGUCGGAGCAGGAAUGGGACAAACGUAUGUUCCGGGUCCAGGCCGGUCACAAUUAGUUCCUCAAGGACAAGUUUCAUCACAAGGGCCAACUAAUAUGCCUGGAAAUGGAUUCAUGAGUUAAAUAUGAUAUGUACUAUAUUAUUCAGUGUCGGCCGAAUACAUAAGUGUAAUGAAUAGGCUAGUAAUUCUUCAAUCAGAAAAAUAAUGUAUUGUCAUAUGUAGAAAAUAAUUAUUUUAUGGAAAUCAAACCUUUCUUUA